AUGGCUGCAGUCGCACCCAUGGAUCUGAUUGUGAAGAGCAACCCCGCGGUCAUCCCCCUCCGGUGCACCCUCUGUCCGAAGAAGCCCGGUUUCUCAGACCUCUCUCAUCUUCUCACCCACAUCUCCUCAAAGAGCCAUCUUGCCCACCGAUUCAAGGCCGAAUUGAGAGCACGUGAUGACCAUGCCGCCCUGGACGAAGUUCGGCAGUACGACCAGUGGUGCGAGCGGUAUGGGAUUAACGCCCUCCUUGCGGAACGCAUGGCUGCCAAGGAGCAGAAGAAAACCGGCAGGAGGGGAAGAUCAUCAAAUACUCUUAACAGCAACCGCGACGCCGUGUUGAGUCGACAGGGUUCGAUGAAGGCCGAACCCGACGACUACAAUGAGACACUGUCAACCGUUGGUUACUGGCCCGCCGUCCAGGGUCAAUUUCACGACGCGGUACACGGGCAUUCCGAGACCUCUGAAUACCAGACCCCGAACCUCAAGCGUUCGCGGUCCGACCCUUCAGCCCCUAGCACUCCGGGGAACGAGAGACGACCCAAGUACUACAGGAGUUGGCCUUCGGAGACAGAAACUACGGACAGUGUCCUUAUUUCUGAAUUACCAUCUGAAGGCACCGAGCUCUUCGACGACGAAACGGAGGCAAACAAGUUGAAAGGCGUGAGGUACCCAGGCAUGGGCCUGUUCGACUCGGCAGACGAGGUCCAGAAGAGAAUGCGCAAUCAGCGGAAAGCCGACUCCGUGUUGAAGCAGAUGGAGGAGGCAUCGUCUGGCAUUGAGCCAAAUGAAUUUGUGUGGGCGGAGAACGGCGAGCUCCAACGCAUGCGCGACAUCUAUGCCACUCCUUCAAUCGAGGGAAGCCCGGACCGCAAACUCGAGGACACUACCGUCCCCAAACCGAAGAGAGGCCGUCGUUCAACCGCUGCCACAGCACCAGUGCGGGCUUCCGCCAGGGUUACCAAGCAGAGGGUCUCGCGCAACAAGCGCUCGCGCGAGGAAGGUGGGGAUACCACCAGAGGAGUCUCUGGCUCCCUAGAGAGCUACGAUAUCUUCCGUGACCCGCCAAAGCCCAGCGCCGGUAUGGACACGCACGCAUGGGCUUGCUCCUCCUCGUACCUGACCCCUCGAGACACUGAGACAUCCGCUUUCGCAUCCCAGGCCCCCGUUUCCAACAGCCACUAUUUCCAGCAUCAGCAUCCGAUGGGAACCACAUCAAUCAACCCUUUGUGCGUGCAGGCCAGGGGUGCCUUCUACAACCCGUACGGUUUUGCGACCUACGGCAACGAGGCCAAGCCAUCGGCGAGCAACUUCCAAGCCAUGGGCUCGAUGAAUUUGGGAAGCAUGUCGUUCAACGCCUUUGGCGCCUCCUAUACCUCGGACUCGGUCCAUGAGCGCGAUGACCAGGAAUUCGACCUCUGA